CGCCGCCCGCCCGCCUUCCCCGCCCCCGGCGGGGGACGCCGCGCGGCCGAGGGAUGCGAGGGCCCGUCGUCUCCCACCUCCUGCUCGGCGUGCUGCUCAGACUGGUGUCAGGGAAAGGAGAAGCAAAAUCUGCCUCACGGAGCCCCCCGCAACCAAUGUCUCCCUCUGAUUUCCUGGACAAGCUCAUGGGCCGGACGUCGGGGUACGAUGCCCGCAUCAGACCCAAUUUCAAAGGCCCGCCCGUCAACGUGACAUGCAACAUCUUCAUCAACAGUUUUGGUUCGGUCACCGAAACAACCAUGGACUACCGCGUCAACGUCUUCCUGAGGCAGCAGUGGAAUGACCCCCGCCUGGCCUACCGGGAAUACCCCGACGACUCCCUGGACCUCGACCCCUCCAUGCUGGACUCCAUCUGGAAGCCGGAUUUGUUCUUUGCCAACGAGAAGGGCGCCAACUUCCACGAGGUCACCACCGACAACAAGCUCUUGCGCAUCUUCAAGAAUGGCAAUGUGCUCUACAGCAUCAGGCUGACACUAAUCCUCUCCUGUCCCAUGGACCUCAAGAACUUCCCGAUGGACAUCCAGACCUGUACGAUGCAACUGGAGAGCUUUGGCUACACCAUGAAUGACCUGAUCUUUGAGUGGGUGAAGGAGCAGGAAGCCGUGCAGGUGGCCGAAGGCUUGACACUCCCUCAGUUCAUUUUGCGGGAUGAGAAGGACCUGGGCUAUUGCACAAAGUCCUACAACACAGGGAAGUUCACCUGCAUCGAGGUGAACUUCCACCUGGAGAGGCAGAUGGGCUACUACCUGAUCCAGAUGUACAUCCCCAGCCUCCUCAUCGUCAUCCUCUCCUGGGUCUCCUUUUGGAUCAACAUGGAUGCUGCCCCAGCACGGGUGGGCCUUGGCAUCACCACGGUGCUAACCAUGACCACGCAGAGCGCGGGAUCCCGGGCGUCUCUGCCAAAGGUCUCCUACGUCAAAGCCAUUGACAUCUGGAUGGCUGUCUGCCUCCUCUUCGUCUUCGCCGCCUUGCUGGAGUAUGCCGCCGUCAACUUCGUCUCCCGCCAGCACAAGGAGUUCAUGCGCUUGCGCCGAAGGCAGCGGCGGCAGCAGAUGGGUCUGAACAGCCAGACGCCCAGCUUGGAGUCCCUACGGCAGCUGGAGGUCACGCCCAGCAGCGAGUCCACCUGCGAGACCCUCUCUCAAUUCGGCAGCACCGACUCCAGGGAGGAAGAGGUUGUCCGUGAGAGCCGCUUCUACUUCCGGGGCUACGGCCUGGGCCACUGUCUGCAGCACAUGAAGGACGGUGGGGCAAUGGAAAGUCUUGACAUCUACAGGCCACCCCCUCCCACCUCGCUCCUGAGGGAGGACGAGAUGCUCCGGAGGCGCUACCUGGACAGGGCCAAGCGCAUCGACACCAUCUCUCGGGCGGUCUUCCCCUUCACCUUCCUGGUCUUCAACAUCUUCUACUGGGUGGUCUACAAAGUGCUUCGCUCAGAGGACGUCCACCAAGCCACACCCUGAGCUCUUACCAGGACUCGGAAGCCAAGCCACAAGGACCUUGGGAGCUGCAUUCUGUCUGGCGUUCACCUUGCAAAGCAUUGGGAUGUUGAUCUCUCUCUCCCCACACACCCUUCGUGUUUCCUGGACACAAGUUUCCCAGUGCUGGCCAAGGAAGUUGGCGAGCUGUGCAUGGCAUGAUGAGGUCCAAAGCAGGGCUUGCUCCCACUUCUUCCUCCAGUACCUCCACCACCGGAGCAUGGCAUUUAAGGGUGGGGCGUGUUUCUCAAAGUUCUGGUGUUCCUGCCCCAGGGAUUUUAAGGUUCCACCAGCCUGCUGGAGGCACCAGCGUUUCUACUCUAGACCUGUGUUGCUGUUCCUUCGCCCCAACAAGGAGGUGGGAGAGUCAGUGGGACCCAGUUUUCCAGCUCUGUAGCACCGCCACCCUUGCCAUCUAACCCACAAUCCCACCAAUACUUAGCCAGCAUGGUCCAACAGAGGAUCUUCUUCGAGGAGCGCAUUUCCCAGUCACACAGCAUGGUCCUUACAUCAUCUGGGCUCCUGCCCUGCAUUAGUAGCAUGGAUAUGUCUUGUAAGCAACGUCACUUCCUGCGAUCUCCCCAGCACCAACACUACCCAUAGAUCUGGAAGAGCAACCAAACCGGCCGUGGUGCAGGGGGUCUGGGUUGGGGGACUGGGACAUGGUACAGAUAUGAAGGUCCUUAAUGACAAGGCAGGUGUGGCCAGUUCUUGAUGGUCUAGAUCCUGCCCAGAAAUGGAGACAAAAGGAAGGCACAAGUAAUGCAACUCUAUCUCGCUGUGUGUGUGUUUAUACUUUUUAGAAAUGUUCAACUGCUGCUUGGAUGGACUAUGAGAGAAAUGUUUUGGUGUCCUCCUUCAACGCAGUUCAGUUCUUCUUUUUUUGAGGGGGGGGGUAACAUAGUUUUUAUUCCUUUUCAUCUUUAAGCUGUUUAUCAUGGUUGCAUUGAGAUAUAUCUUUGUUUACAUUAGAGCAUAUGACAUGCAACAAUUACGUAAAAUUAAAAUUAAAACAACAAUAAACACACAGGCAAACGUUUCUGACAAAGUCGUGUCAAAGUGUAUAUACCAAAAGUACGACAAUUACUACAGAUAUGAAAUGGUGCAAAGUAACGGGGACAAUAAGAGGUAUUUUGUAUCAAUAACAAUUAGAAUUUAUAGGAAUUUAUAGGAAAGGGGUAGCAGAAAAAUCAAAAUAUGUACUUCAUGCACGCUAGACUGUGCUGUAAACUUUGGGUACAGUUCUUCCAUAUGCCUCUUUAUUUGUGUAAUCAAUAAAGUCACAUCAGAUUGCAUAAAAAUC